AUGGCCAACACAAUCAAAACAUUACUUCUCAUCAUCUCCUCCUUCUAUUUCUUCAUUCAACUUUCAAGUGCAGCCACUUACAAUGUGAUUACUUAUGGAGCAAAACCCGAUGGUAAAACCGACUCGACUCGACCCUUUCUCAAGGCAUGGACAUUGGCUUGCAGCUCCUCGACGCCAUCCACCAUCAAUGUCCCUAAGGGAAGAUUCUUGCUAAACCCCACCACAUUCAGAGGGCCAUGUAAGAACAAGAUUACCUUCCGUUUGAAUGGAACCCUUGUGGCACCUCUAGACUACCGUGCCCUUGGAAGUUCUGGGUAUUGGAUUUUGUUCAUUAAAGUUAACGAUGUUUCUUUCUUCGGCGGCAACAUUGACGCAAAGGGCGCUUCGUAUUGGGCCUGCAGGGACUCUGGAAAGGAUUGUCCACCGGGAGCUAGGUCAAUGACAUUCAAUUGGGCCAACAACAUCGUGAUCAGUAGAUUAACGUCGAUCAAUAGCCAACAAACUCAUCUCGUAAUCAAUGGCUGCAAGAAGGUGCUUAUUCAAAACAUGAAGGCAAUAGCGCCCGAUCAAAGCCCCCACACAGAUGGAAUUCACGUUCAAAUUUCUAGUGAUGUUACAAUCACGGAUAGUACACUACAAACAGGAGACGAUUGUGUAUCGAUUGGUCCAGGAACUUAUAAUUUGUUCAUGACUAAUCUCAAAUGUGGACCAGGCCAUGGCAUAAGCAUUGGAAGUUUGGGCAAGGACUUCAACGAAGAUGGAGUUCAAAACAUAACCUUAAAAAACUCAAUAUUCACACGGUCGGACAAUGGCAUACGGAUAAAAACAUGGGCUAGACCAAGCAAAGGCUUUGUCCGGAACAUCCUCUUCGACAACAUUAUCAUGAACAAUGUCAAAAAUCCAAUCGUAAUCGACCAAAAUUAUUGCCCCGACAACAAAGGUUGUCCUAGAAAGAAUUCGGGCAUACAAAUCAGCAAAGUUACGUACAAAAAUAUACGAGGAACAUCAACAACACAAAAAGCUGUGAAUUUCGAAUGCAGCGUUACCAAUCCAUGCAAAGAGAUAAAGCUACAAAACAUAAAGCUUCUUUAUAAGAACAAAGCAGCCAUGUCGUCAUGCAAGAACGUUCGUGGAUCCGCUAAUGCAAAAUUGAUGCCUCGGAGCUGCUUAUAGCAAAGAAAUUUGGAUCGUCUUGCCAUGAUUAAGCAAAUAUUAAGUCUUAAAUGGUUUAAGAUUUGAUUGUUAUUUGAUUAGAGUAGAAGAUUAAGUAUUCAUGACGUAUG